AUGGCUAGCGGAGUGCCUCAUGUUGGGCGCAAGCCUGCCACUGUCCUCUCCGCCACCGAGCUGAUCGGCAACACUCCCCUCGUCCGACUCAACAAGGUGCCUCAGUCGCUCGGCGUAGAAUGCGACGUUUACGCAAAGACGGAGCUGUUCAAUGCCGGCGGCAGUGUCAAGGACAGGAUUGCCUUGCGAAUGGUGGAGGAGGCCGAGAAGAGUGGCAGGAUAAAGCCGGGCGAUACUUUGAUUGAGCCCACCAGCGGCAACACCGGCAUUGGUCUGGCCCUCGUUGGUGCCAUCAAAGGCUACAAAACCAUCAUCACCAUGCCCGAGAAAAUGUCGGCCGAAAAAGUUUCUGUGCUUCGAGCCCUCGGCGCCACCAUCAUCCGUACUCCCACCCAGGCCGCCUGGGACGCUCCCGAAUCGCACAUUGGAGUCGCGCGCCGUCUUGAAAAGGAAAUCCCCAACGCCCAUAUCCUCGACCAGUACGGUAAUGCCGAUAACCCGCUUGCCCACGAGCAUGGUACCGCUGAGGAGAUAUGGGAACAGACGGGUGGCAAGAUUACUGCUGUUGUUGCUGGUGCUGGCACUGGCGGCACUAUUACCGGUAUUGCCCGUGGCUUGAAGAAGCACAGCAAGGACAUCAAGGUUAUUGCUGCCGAUCCUCAGGGCAGUGUUCUUGCUCUGCCGGAAUCCCUGAACCAGGAGCAUGUGAAUGAGCCGUACAAAGUGGAGGGCAUUGGAUACGACUUCAUCCCAGAUGUUUUGGACCGUGAAAUUGUUGACAAGUGGUACAAGACGGAUGACGAGGAGUCGUUUGUCCUUGCGAGACGCUUGAUUGCCGAAGAAGGUCUUCUCGUCGGCGGCUCUUCUGGAUCGGCCAUGGCUGCCAUGCUCAAAGCCGUCAAGGACUACGGUUUCAAGAAGGGUGAUGUUGUGGUUGUCGUGUUGCCCGAUAGCAUCCGCAGCUACUUGUCCAAGUUUGCCGACGACGACUGGCUCGCCGCCAACGGUCUCCUGUCCACCGGCAGCGCUGAAACCUCCCUCGCCAAGAACGCCACUGGCGGUGAUGCUUCCGAUCCCUACGCUGGUGCUACCAUUGCCUCUCUCCGUCUGAAGCCGGUUACUUCUGUCGUCGAUACUGCUCCGUGCUCCGAAGCCAUUGAGACUAUGCGUGACAAGGGCUUCGAUCAGCUUCCGGUGCUGUCUGCCACCUCCAAGCUUGUCGGUAUUGUCACCCUCGGCAACCUGCUGUCAUACAUCUCCCGUGGCCGGGCCACACCCCAGAACCCCGUCAAGGACGUCAUGUUCAACUUUAGCCGUCUGGACGAAAUUGUCACCGAUCCCCGACAGAGCGCUUCCGUGGCCAAGACCACUGGCCCCAAGCGAAAGUUUGUCGAAAUUACCCUGGAUACGCCACUAUCUACCCUUAGCAAGUUCUUUGAGUGGAACAGCGCCGCAGUCGUGACAGCACGCAGUGACGAGAAGGGAUCAUUGUCCAAGCCUAUUGGUGUUGUUACAAAGGUUGAUUUGUUGACUUGGAUGGUCAACAAGAAAUAA